AAAGCUUUACUGGAGACAUAAACCUUAGCCAGUGCACAUUCGAUCUGGCAUACACAUGCCGAGCGAGCUUUUCGACAACAACACACAACAUGGCCUCAACAACAAAAACAGCAACACCAACAGCAGCAGCAGAAAGCACACGCGCCAAGACAGCAACCAGCGAUGAUGACUACGUGACGGUUGUGGAAGUCGACGAUCCAACAUCGUCCACCAAAGACUCGAGCCACUUAAAGACGCUAGUCAAGCGGCAAAGCUCCGUGGAGCCCAAUUUCGCCUCCUCAUUUAUAACAGUGCUGACCAUCAACGAGAUGGAGCUGCUCCAGCAGCGAAAGGAGCAGGAGCAGAACCCCACCCAGCAGAUUAGCAUAGAGGGGGAAGACGUCACUGUCUACCGUCUGCCGGGGGAGCGCUUGGGAUUCGGCCUGAAGUUCCAGGGGGGCACACGGAACACCGAACUUGUCCAGAAGCUCUACAUACAAUCCUGCGCUGCUGAGAGUCCCGCCUCCAAGGUGGCCACUAGUUGGGGUCACCUGCGCGAGGGCGACGAGAUCGUCAGCAUCGAUGGGCGUGAGGUCUGCCAAAUGACGCGCAUCGAUUGUGUGCGCUGCCUCAAGGACAGUGUGGCCAUCAAGAUGAUCGUGAGGAACGGCCUUGGCCAGAAGCCGCCCAGCGAGGAAGAACAACAGCAGCUGGAACAGCUCUCCAUAACACUGAAUGCCCAGCCCCCGCCACCGCCGCCUGUGCCUCCAAGGAAGCUGGUGAGGCGCCAGAACUCCCGAGAGCCGCCCGCCCAACCCAAUCAGGUUCAGUUGAUGAUCGAGAAGCCCCUGACUCCACCGCCAGAUGCCGAUUACUACAUAAACCUCUUCGCAGAGUCCAUGAAGGCGGGCUCCGAGUCGGACGAUACGGCCAGCACCAUAUCCACAGUGAUUGACAAGUUCUCAAUGGGGUCCAACUACUCCUCGGACACGGAUGUCGCCAGCAGUCUCAAUGGCCAUGACCUGGCCAAGGUUUUGAAGCCGUUCACCCUCCUAGAGGAGGAGUUCCACCUGGAGCAACCUCUGGGUCACCCGAAGCUACUCAUACCCGGCAACAACUAUGAAAAUGUCGAGUUCAAGACAGAGAAGGUGAACGUGUAUGAGAACGUCGAACUCAAGAGUCCGGAGGGAACGCCCACUCCCAAGCCAAGGGUCCAAUUGGCCACAGUGGAGCCAAAGAAGAGAUCCAUCAUACCCAUGCCUCGCAAGAUGCCAUCGCUAACUAAACUGCCCAUCGAAGUGGCUCCCCCUCGGGUGCCCGCCACAGACUCACCUACGACACCGACAAAUGAGAAUAUAACUAAGCUGCCCAUUGAAGUGGAUCUCCCUCGGGUGCCCGCCACAGACUCACCUAAGACUCCGACAAAUGAGAAGAUAGUUCCUCCUCAGCUUAACUCCCCUAAGACACCCAGAAAAGAGGUUAAGGAGAUGCACCCGAGCUCAACCAAAAUUCCGAAGGCGAAGUUUUCGCGAGCUAAAACCGAAGGGGAGAUCAAGCUGCAGAUGUCACCUAUCAAACAACAGUCGCCACAGCUCAAGUCUCGCAUUCCCGUAGUCACACCGCCGACGCAAAGGUCGCCCCUUAGCGUGUCAAAGCACACCUCAUCCUCUGCCCCAUCAGCCACGAGCUCCAGCAUCCCUCGUCUGCUACAGAAGCAGAAGUCCGAGACAGAUCUCAAGCUGAACCUGUACCGCAGCAAGUCAAAGGAGUCCAGCCCCGUUAUGUCUCCAGGGCGGCCGCCUCUCCAGAGAGCAUACUCCGCAGAGGCUCCCACCAGGACUCCCGAACGGACCUUCAUUCCCGUACUGCUAAAUGGCAGCACCAACUCCAACUCCAACCACAACUACAACGUUAACAUGAACUCCUUGGAGAGCAUAAGCUCAAAUUGCAGCAGCGGCAGCAACGGACGCUCGCCCAAGGGACCCAAACCCAAGCCCCCGGAGAGGGUUCAGUCUCUGCAGAAGACACAGAUACCAAAGCUUCAGAUGCUGCCCACUACGCCACCACAGCAGCAGCCAACGCUGAGCAUGCAGACCUUUAAACAAGGCGGCGCAGGCACACCGCCAGCUACACCCAGGACAACACCAGUGGGCACCCCUUCCCCCACCAGCAGCAGCGAAAUACGCUUCAAGAUUCAGACCUACGAGAGCAAGACUCAAGAUGAGGAUAAGCUGCCAAGUCUCUUUGAUCUGGUGCACAAACAGGAGGUAAUAGAUACCUCCUCCGAGCCCCAACGUGAUAUUGCGGCCCUCCUGGCGACCGUGGCUGCCGAGGCAACUGAUCUCUUCAGAGAAUCUCCCCCGCCCCUGGUCGUUGGCAAAUGCACAAAGAUCGUCGACGACAAUCAGACCACCACUUGCUACUCCAGCUCCAGCGGCGAAGACGAGGACGAAGAUGACGACGAUGUCGAUGCAGCUGAGAGAGAGUACAUCUGUGAGGACGGCGAAAAGCUGGGUCCUCCCGAACUAAUAAACGGUCCGGGACCUUCGGAGGCCUAUUUCAAUAUGUUCUGGCACUCGAAUAUGCUGCCCACCAUUGGUGAGGUCGAGGAGGAGUUCUCAUCUCUGGAACCGCAGUCGCUGACAAAUGGAACCAUUGUCAAGCCGGAGGAGUUAAACAAAUUGCAAGCGCCGACGUCCAAUAUGGAGGCUAACGACGGUGGACUGACCCAGCUGAAUCUAAGUGUCGAUAAGAUUACUGACCAUGACGCACACGAUAAGAGUGAUCCGACAGAGACCCCUGUCGAGGAGGGUCUUAGUACGUCCAUUGAAACCAAAACGACUCACAAGCACACGUCCCGAAAGUCCUGCCAGGAGGAGAGCAGCUCCAUCCAGGAAAGCAGUUCCAUUCAGGAGAGCAGCAUCGUGAAAUCCCAAAGGACCACAACGACCCGGGUUACUACCACCAAGAAAAGCAGCAGUAGCUCCUCCAGCAUCUCCAACCUUUGUCCAGACAUUGCAUUCAAGCUGCAGUCCUAUGAGGAGAGAGAGGAAGGCGCAGACCCACCCCCGGUGACAUCGACCACAACCAUACACGAGGAACGGAGAUUCCUAAGCGAGGAGCAAACCCUCAGCGAACUGCGAGCAAAGGAUGCCUUGACUGGGGAGGAGCAGCUGGUGACCAGCGCCGGGGCCAAGACGAGCAGUGCCCGCUUCAAGAAGAUUAGCAGCAACGACAACCUGCUCGAGCUUGGAGACGGAGACGGAGACGAGCUGGUGCAGCCGUUGACUGCCACCGUCUCGGCGGAGACACGUCUGAGGGAGCGCCUGGAAAAUCCACAGGAUAAACAGAGUAUCGAGAGGGGUACCCUGACCUUAUCCGAAUGUGGCAAGCAGCUACAGCUGUCCGAGAAUGGCGGCAUGUCCACCUACACCGAAUGCGAGCAGACCGAGCAGGAGUCCUACCUGGAGGGCCAGCAGACUCUCAACGGGGCAGCUGUCGCCGGCAGCCACGCGGAGGAGAAGGCCACUUUGGAGAGGGAGCUCAGUGAGACCCUGACGGUGUCCAAGAAUGGUGAGAAGCAGGUGACCAAGAAGUUGGAGCUGACCAAGGAAGCAGCAGGCAAGAAAGGGGCCAAGCUGCUCAAGAAGACGGAGGAGGAGCGACGUCUCGAAGAGGAGGCCCAGAAGCUAAUCGAGAGCUAUCAGAAGGUCAAGAAGGAGGCGGAAAAGUUGUACAAUCUGGAGAAGGUUGAUGACGAGGACGGCUUCGACCUGAGUGCCUUCGAGCAGGUCGAGAAUCAGGAUGAUGCAGGUGUGAACAUUUCGGAAGAGAAGUCAGCCAAGGAAGUUGCACAAGCCACGGAAGAUGAAGUUAAUGUGAAGAAAGAUCAAGACAAUCCAGUGAAAGAAGAAGUCAACAUCAGGAAGGAGUCCUUCAGCAAGGAAGAGUCAAAAGUGAAAGGUAUAGAGGAAGGAAUCCAGUCCAUGGAUGAAGAAAUCCAACUUAUCCAGAUGGACUUGAACAAAGUCAUCUCACCUGCCCUUGAAGAUGACCUAGGCUAUCUCCUACACAAACACAUUAUCGAGCCACCCAAAAAUCAGGAUCCUCUCACUAACCUGUCCAAGUCUAAGCCGAAGCCUCCUGUGCCCACAAACAAGCCGAAACUGACGCCAACUCUGAUUAAGCCUAAGACAGCGCCUCCACCAGUUCCCAGCAAGCGCAGUGAGUUGCCAGUAACAGGAACAGGAAUAGGAACGGCAGGUGCCAAUGGGAGUGGCUGUGGGCUCAAGCCAAAGCCCACGCCCAGCCAGCGACGCAGCAGUCAGGAUACCACGCCCCCAAAGCCAUUAGAGCGCAUCAUUUUGGGUGUGGAGCAUCAGCAGCAGCCACAUCCGCAGCAGCAGCAGAAACAGGCGGAGAGUCAACCAAUUAUCACCCUGGCGAGCGUCGAUUUACCGAAUGUGGCACCCGCUGUCCAAACCCAAACCUCUACUAUUGACCAAAGUCCCGAGCUGCUGCUGGAUGACCUGCACUUUGAGAGCCAUCAACUGCCCGACGAAGGGCGACUGCAGCAGGGAGACGGAGAACAGCCAAGGGACUCAAAUGGCCUGCUCAGCGGGUCCUCGUCGACAUCCUCAUCAGCGUCGUCGGUGUCCACGGCCACCCCGAUAACAGCACCAUUUUUGGUAUCUGCCACAUCAUCGAUGGAUUCGGUCCAGAGUGUCAUCGAGGUCAUCAAUGGCAAUCUCGGCGCUGCCACUAGCAGUCUCAUUGACAACAACCAUCUUACCGACGAGGAUGAGGAUGAGGAUGACAAUGACAAACCUGUGCCUGGAUUAGCGGACAUAACCGGACCCACUGAGGAUGUGUCAACGUUGUCGCUCAAUAGUGAACACGAAUCAGAUCUUGGUACCCUUAACAGCCACAACAACAACAACAUCAGCAGCAGCAACAUCCAAACCGCAACGAUCAUCAAUCAGAAGAAAAAGUCGCCAGCUGGAACAGGAGCAGUAGCUGGCGCAGGCUCAAUAGGAACCGGAACAGGAACAGGAACUAAAACGAAGGCCGUCAACAAAAUGGAGCUGCUGAGCAGCGCCUCAGCCUCAGCCACAGCCUCAGCCUCAGCCAAACAUAGCACAACCACAACGACAGCCACACACCAUCUGCAGGCGACCACAAAGCACCUGGUUGGACAGGAGUACCUAAGCUACGCCUCACCGCCCACCUAUUCCCGCCUGCCGCCCGACGGCCAUGAGUUUCCACCGAACUUCACCGAGCCUCUGAUCAUGCAUCCCUCAAACAUGCACCAAAACCCACACAUUGUGCUGCUGAAAGGCAAGGCAGAGCACUCCUUCGAGCACAACAACAACAACAGCAGCCAGGAGGAGGCGACUGGAGCACCGCCCCUUCCCAAAACUGGGCCUCCGCCGACAGUGCCCAGGAAAGUGUACCGCCAGGAUCUGGUAAUAAACGUGGAGGAUGCCCGCUCCAAAAACGCCACAGAGACGAAAACGCCGCCCGGCCUGGCAAGGGACUACCAGCGUUCUCUGAGUGCGAGCGCCCCGCGGAAGCCCAGCGACUGGCGCAAGGACGAGAAGUCGGAAAAGUCCGUGCGCGACAAAAUCGCCAUGUUCUCAUCCAACAACGAGCUGGACGCGAUUCCGCCGGCCACCCCGAACAUGACAAUGACCACACCAGCCGCUGGCUCCAUAUUCGCGCGGAAGCCGCUGAACAGGAGCAGCGAGAACCUGCUGGACACCUGCUCGUCUACUCCGGCGCCCUCCCUGAAGACGCGCGCCAUGAGCGUAGAGAACCUGAACGACGUGCAGCGCCAGUACCAGCUGGCCAAGCAGCUGCCCCAGCUGCACGUGGCCGACUCCAUGUACUCUCUGCACACGGCCAAUUCCAGUCCCAAUACCAAUCCCAGCUACAGUUACGCCUCCAACUACGCCUCUCUGCCACGCAGGACGCACUGCGGCUCCUAUUCGGCCUCCGCCUCCGCGGUGGAGCGAAGGAUAAGCUUCUCAGGCGAGGGAGAGGCGGCCAACCGGAAGGCGGCCAUCACCAACAUCCUGGAGCAGCGCCGCCGCAGCUUGUCCAAGUUAAGGGGCCUAGUCAUCCCGGAGAGGCCGCAGCUGCUGGAGCCCAUCCUCGACCUCCCAGAGAUCAAGAGUCAGGUGAAGGCGGCCAGCGGGGAGGACAGCACCGACAGCGGCCUGGGCGAGACCCGCAGCCGUACCAAUGGCGGCCUCGUCGUAAACUGCAUAGGCAGCAGCACAUACCGCAGCAUCUUCUCCUCUGGCCAGCGGCGUCCGUUGGAGCAGCAGCUGUCCCAGCCUCCUGCCAAGCCGCCACGCACCUCCCUGUGCGCCCCUCUGACCGCCACCCCCACCAGCAUCACGGCCCCCGUUCAUCCCAUCUGCAGGUUGAUAGCACCGCCGCCGGCACUUCCCCCACCCGACCAGGAAAGCGACACAGACUCGGUGUUCUCCAGCACGGCACGGGUGGCGACGCAACCCGAGAAGUUUGCCCUCACCCGAACCCUCAGCUCGGAGACGAACACCUCGAUAGCCAGCUCCAACACCUCCACUCUGACGUCGGGCUCCUCGGCGGGCUCCCAGGCCAGCUGCAGCUCCCUGGGAAGCACUCUGGCUCUGGAUCUGACCCGGCGGGUGCUCAAGAACCAGGUAAACGGUAGCGGCAGCGGCGAGCCAGUGGCCCUCUCAAACAGAAAGAGCAUCCUGGCCUCGGCCAAGUGCCGGAACGCGAAGAACCGCGGCCAGGAGGAGGACAACGACAGCACCGAUGGCGAGGUCGGCACCUUAGCCGGGCGCCGCAUGAAGCCCGUCCCCAGCUACAAGCAGCAGAUGCACCAGACGCAGCUCCAGCAACAUCAGCAUGUCAAGCAGCUGGUGGUGGACAAGCUGAUCAACGUGGCCGCCUACGUUGAACUGACCUCGGACACGGACGACAGCAGCCGGCGUUCAGACACUCCGGCGAAGAUCAGUGCCAUGUUCAUCGACGAGGAGCGCAAAGCCAGCUUUAAAGCCGAUCCCAGCCAGCAGGCCAAGCCAAAGUCGCUCCAGAUGAAGGUUCUGGAGAAGCCGGUGUCCGCGCCCUUGUCCCUGCAGCGGGCCUAUGAGCCAAUGCGGGAGGCGCCCAAGUCCCAAAGCACAGCCGAACUGCGUGAGAAGUUCGAGAGGAGUGCGGCAGCAGCAGCAGCGGCAGCCGGUAUCCAGACCCCGACACUCCAAAAGUUGCACACGCCAUUGCACCCAGCUGUGGCCACAGCGAAGCCGCACCACGAGCGCUUUUCUUCGCUCGACUCGCUAGCCUCGAGCUCCUCUGGUGUGAGCUCCACCACCCAGAACGUAAGCACCACCCUGGAGACGGCGACGGAGUUCGGCAGCUUCUCCUCACUGGGCAGCAACCAGAGCCUGAUCACGGCCCAGGACGUGCAGCAGAUUGUGGAGGAGGCCGAUCCGCCUCUGAAGAGCCCCGAGGCCUUUAUCAUUGUCCUGCAAAGGGAUAACCCGGAGAGCAGCAUUGGCAUCACCCUGGCCGGGGGCUCCGACUACGAGGCCAAGGAGAUAACGAUACACAAGAUCUUGAGCAACACGCCAGCGGCCAAGGAUGGACGCCUGAAGAAAGGGGAUCGCAUCCUGGCCGUAAAUGGGAUGAGCAUGCGGGGCCUGACGCAUCGGGAAUCCAUCAGCGUACUCAAGACACCCCGUCCGGAGGUGGUGCUGGUCGUCACCCGCUCCGAGUCGCUGAUUGUGAAGGCUCUGAACAAGAAACGCUCCUCGCUGGGCUCGCUUAGCUCCCUCAACGAGAAGCCGACGGAUCUAGAGUACGAGCGAAAGCGAAACUACCACAAGGCGUCCCGAUCUCUGGACCUGGAUCUAGACAUCGUGUCGAAUGAGGCAGAGUCAGGAGGUGACGAAUCGCCAGUGACUACAACGCCCAGCCCCAGCACUGGGUCCAGCAGUCCCCAGCACCCGGCCAGUCUGCAUGACGAUGAUGCCGAGGCCACCAUCGCUGGCAUUCGUGCACGGCGUCAGCUCUCGCGUGGAGAUGCCGCCAAGCUGAGCACCAGCGAGCUGCUGGAACGGGCGGCCGAGGCACGGAAUGCCAUCGCAGCAGAGAUACGGGCUCAGGCAGAAGAUGUGGCAGCUAGUGGAGCAGGAACUCGAUGCGUGGAGAUUGUCAAGGAUAGCUGUGGACUGGGCUUUUCUAUUGAAGGAGGCUUCGACUCGCCGCUGGGAAAUCGACCGCUCAUUGUCAAGAAGGUGUUCAUGGGUGGUGCUGCCCAGAAGACCAACCAGGUGCGCAACGGCGACGAGAUCCUGAGCAUUCAUGGUGCCUCAACGGCGCGAAUGACGCGCGUCGAUGCCUGGAACUACAUGAAGCAGCUGCCGCUGGGACCGGUCAAGAUCAGCUUUGCCUGAAACGGUGAAGACAGAGAAGGAGAUGGGAAAGAAUGCGCAACAAUUUUUGUUAGUUCUAAGUUGAUGGUAGUUGGACCCGAUACGAUACCCUAAUCCUGAUGGAUGGUCUAACCAUCCAGGUCUUGCCAAUCUAUGUAGUGCACCGUCGACCGAUUUGUUUUGCAUUUAAAAGAACUUUAAACUGUAUGCGUAAUUAUAUAUAAAUAUUCAUACACAUAUAUUAUUAAUUUAAAUUGAACUUGUUUAAUUUCUUUCAAUUUCAAUGCGGCUGCAAUAACCACGCUGAUAAUUUCGAUGAUUGUACAUAUACAUAUUUAACUAAUCGAAACUAAUUUAUGUUUAUAAACAUUAAGAAGCAAACUUUUCAGCAGCGCUAUUUCCUUAUAUACAAUAUACAUGUAUUACACUAAUCCAAUCCACAAGCAACAAAACAAAUAACAAAACCCAAAAAAAAAAUAAAUCAAUUAUAUUUUAUGCCAUAAAUUAUACGGGAAC